UCUUAACACAAUAGUUUGGUGAAGAUGAAGAAAAGUUUAUUUUUAGCUAUUAUUUUGGCAGCAAGCACUUCUUUAACGAAUUGCUUGCCGGCCACAAAUAACAAUCAAGCGUCUCGACAAGUUCAACGUGCCACUCAAGGUCGUGUUGUACCGCCGCCAGUAUCUUUGGGUAGAAUUAUAUCUCCUCAACAGAGAGUAAGUGGGACUGGCCCAACAAGACAUUCUCCUCGAUUAGCUGCUCAAAGACAAGCACCUUAUCAUGCUCAGGGAAGUCCUCCUGCUGGUCAGCAAGGGCAAGGUAGUCAUACUACUGGUCAACAAGUACAACAUACACAAGUAAGCAUUCAUCCAGGCACGGCACCAGCUCCGGCAACGAGAGGUCAAAUUGCACAGCAAAGGCGAUUAGCCCGUGAAGAACAAAGAGGAUUGCAUCAAGUGUCCGAUUUGCAGACACCGCAAACGAGAGGAAGAACAAGAAAUACUCAGCCACAGGCUAGCUUACAUGCAACACCUGCUCCUCAACAAACUGGUCAUCAACCUGCACGUACGCCAGUUCAACGAACAGCGCAAGUAGGUGUGACACCAACUCGUCAACGUGGAGUUCCAGAACAUGGAUUGCGUGAGAUACCUCCAGCUUCUAGACGAACUGGUGGCCAUCAAGCUGCUCAACGUCCUACUGCUGAACAAAAUCCUCCUCCCGAGCAUAGAAGACCCGGCUCAUGGGUGCAAGUCGAAAAUCCUCCUACUGCAAAAUCAAGGAUGUACCAAGCCGGAUUGAAAACGCCUACGAAAAAAGAGUGAGAUGUGUAGAAAGUUAUGAAGGGACUUAUACUCUCGAAUGAGAGUACACCUGCUCUAAUAGUAUAGAAUUUAAAGGAUCCAUCAUGUGAUAUAUACUUCUUGUUUCAUUCCAGACGAACUUGUGUGUAUUUUUGUUACUACUGCGCGACUUGCUAAACUUGCGUAUUUUGGGGCCAUUCUCUCUAUUUGUGUUUCCUUUCAAUUGUAUGUACAAGAUGGCAG